GCCAUCAUCCAACAUUACUUACAUUGUUAUAUUUUUGGCAAUGCACUUUAACUGGGAUUGGCACAAACUGGUAUGUAUGUGGAGGAUAAUCAAUAAAGGUAACAGGUUCAUCCUGGCAUUUAAAACAAAUGGAAUUGAACAUUUUUGUGUAGAUAUAGAAGGCAAAACCAGAAUCAAAGCAUGGCUGAAAUAGGCAAGCAGUUUGGGGUUUAAUAAAAGGACACAAUUCCAAAAAAUAACAGCCAUCCAUAAAUAGAUUGGGUCUAUUUAACAUAUCCUCUUCCCUAGCUAUAUUUAAGAACAGGGUAGAUGACAACUGGCCAACCUCAGGCCGGUUGUCGCCUAUCCCGUUGGGGGAAUUUCCUACUCUCAAUUUAAGGCCAGUGGCUUAUAAAAUCCUGUCAGUUUCCUAGUGCUGACUAAAGAGUCUUCAGUCAAGGCCAAGUAGCAGUAAAGUCCCUGACAGAAGGGGCAGUCUAGGUAGACUACUUGAGCUCAGGAAAAGAACUUCUGUGUUUUUUCAGGAAAAACUGAUUCUGGACACCAGUAUGCUUUGGGAAGCAAUGUCUGAUCAGUGAGUGUAAAUGAAGCUGUAACUCAGUACACCAAGUGCUGUUGACUUGUGUCCUCUCAAAAUUUAUAUGUUGAAGCUCUAAUCAUCAAAGUGGAGAUUUGGGAGGUAAUUAGGUUUGGACAAGGUCACUAGGGCAGAGAUCUUCUUGAUGGGAUUAGUGCCCUUAUAAGAUACACCAAAGAGCUUGCUCUCUUUUUCUCUCACGUGAGGACACAGUGAGGUGGCCAUGUGCAAGCUAGGAAGAUCUCAUCAGAAUCUGACCUGCUGACACCCCAAGCUCAGACUUCCAGCCUCUGAAACGUUUAGGUUGGCGUCUGCAAGACAGUAUGUGGUAUCCUGCCAGUAAUUAUAACACUAUUUAUGGAGUCACGAUUAGUAUUAGCAGAUUUCUGUACAUCAGCUACUUAUCUUAUCCUAAGAGGAUCAGAGGCUUUGAGUAAUCUGUUCAUAUUCACCAUGUUGGUACCAUCAAGCAGUUCUGGACUGGAACAAAGACCUGGUAUUUUCUAAGACUGCCCUUCCCAUGAAUCCCACCGUCCAGACCUGGGAGCUCUGUUUCUGUGUCAGAAAGUGCCCAUCUCUACAGCUGUUGAGAGCAACAGGAAAAAGUUGUUUGGCGAUUUGGUGCCGAACCAAGACGAAAAGUGCCAUACAGGAACCCUCCCCACCUGAGCCUCCCAGACUCGGCUUUUCUCCGGAAAAAGAAAUACGAUUGGCGGCCCCGGGAGAUGACGCACUUCCGGCGCGCUGCGAAGACCGGAGCCAAGACUGUCGAGACGUGUAGGUGGGGCUUUAGCUACAAGGCUUUGGCCGACCAAGUGUAUACCAUGCUGCUAUUGUCAUCUUCCUUGAAUUCUUUGCGUGGGGCCUGUUGACAACUCCAAUGUUAAAUGUUCUACAUGACACAUUUCCUCAACACACAUUCCUCAUGAAUGGUCUCAUUCAAGGUGUAAAGGGCCUGCUCUCCUUUCUGAGUGCCCCGCUCAUAGGCGCUCUGUCUGAUGUGUGGGGGAGGAAGCCCUUUCUCCUCUGCACUGUCUUCUUCACCUGCUUCCCAAUUCCACUGAUGAAAAUCAGCCCCUGGUGGUAUUUUGCGAUGAUUUCCAUGUCUGGAGUCUUCUCAGUCACGUUCUCUGUGAUAUUUGCCUAUGUAGCUGACAUCACGCAGGCGCAUGAGCGAAGUACAGCUUACGGAUGGGUCUCAGCCACAUUUGCAGCCAGUCUGGUCAGCAGCCCAGCUAUUGGCGCAUUGCUCUCUGCCAGUUACGGAGACAGCCUCGUUGUGCUGGUGGCCACAGUGGUGGCUCUUCUGGACAUCUGCUUCAUCUUGUUGGCUGUUCCAGAAUCUCUGCCAGAGAAGAUGAGACCUCUUUCCUGGGGAGCUCAGAUUUCGUGGAGACAAGCAGAUCCUUUUGCGUCACUGAAGAAAGUGGGAAAAGAUUCUACCGUCUUGCUAAUCUGCAUCACCGUUUUCCUUUCAUACCUCCCUGAAGCUGGACAGUAUUCAAGUUUUUUCCUCUAUCUCAGGCAGAUCAUAGGUUUUGGAUCUAUUAAAAUUACAGCAUUCAUAGCUAUGGUAGGAAUUCUGUCUAUUGUGGCUCAGACUGUCUUUCUCACCAUCUUGAUGAGAUCAUUAGGCAAUAAGAACACUGUCCUCCUUGGUUUGGGCUUCCAGAUGCUCCAGUUAGCCUGGUACGGUUUUGGAUCUCAGCCAUGGAUGAUGUGGGCAGCGGGGACCGUGGCUGCCAUGUCCAGCAUCACAUUUCCAGCACUAAGUGCCCUCGUCUCUCGGAAUGCAGAGUCAGAUCAGCAAGGAGUUGCCCAGGGCAUCAUAACUGGGAUAAGAGGACUGUGUAACGGCCUGGGGCCAGCGCUGUAUGGCUUCAUAUUCUACGUGUUCCACGUGGAGCUGACCGAGUUGGAGCCAGAGCUGAAUUCUAACAAUGCUGCCCUGCAGGGAGCUGUCAUCCCAGGUCCACCGUUUUUGUUUGGGGCAUGUAUAGUCCUUAUGUCUUUUCUGGUUGCCUUAUUCAUCCCUGAAUACAGCAAAGGCAGUGGAAUUCAAAAACAGAGCAGCAGCAUCAGUGGCAGCCUAACCAACAACGCCCCGGAGCGGGGCAGUGGUGAGGACAUCGAGCCACUGCUGCAGGACAGCAGCAUCUGGGAACUGUCUUCCUUCGAGGAGCCUGGGAAUCGGUGCACUGAGCUAUGAACUGCAGAAAGGGAGGCUCUGCAGACACCAUCUCAGAGCCAUGGGGGGGCCACACCACAUGGGGACUUCAUGGUGCUGGAGGGGAGAUGCUUGCUAGCGGCACCGUUCAGGGCCAAGCUUGAGAAGUAACCACCUCCAUCCCUCUGUCUCCCUCCCCGUCCUCCUCCUCUUCCUUUUCUACCAUUCUUUUCCUUUCUGUUUAUAUGUGAGAACAAGAUUUGAAAUACUUCCCUGCAUCAGUAUGCAACUCUCAAAGUUAUAUGGAGUCUCAACUUUGAAACUCAAGUAGAAAAAGUCAUCUCUGAUAAAAAGGAUGGCUUUACUUUAAUAAGUCCAGAGUAAGCGUGCCCAUGGCCUUUUUAGUAGAAGAUGCAGGAUUGUAGUGCAACUGCCACCUCUGGCAAAAUUUGAGAUUAAAAAUCCCAUGUUUUCUCCCUUCCUGUUCCUCUGACCUGUGCCCUUUUAGCCCGUGGGUGUUUUGUGAGUGGCUGCUUUUAAGAGUCACUCAGUAUCAGGGAUCUAUUGCCUUUGUUCAAAGGUCAAGCAAAAAUCUAGUCUACUCUCCUUUCCUUCUCUCUACUUCCUAUUCUUGGCUGGAACAAAACUCAGCAUAUACACCUCUAGACAUUAAUAAUAUUGAUCAGUGAUAACCUUUACCAGAUGAAGGGAAAUUUUUUAUAAAUUCUAAUCAGGAAGAAUUAGCAACUCAGAUUCCUGGACCUGAUGUCUUAGUCAGAUCCAAGGUGAUUUUACCGAAGAAAAAUACACUUGAAGCGUUCUGGUAGCAACAUAGAAAUGGGAGGGUGCUUCUAAGGAAGUUUUUAACAAUGUAAACAUUCCGAAGUGAGGAUGAGAGUUGAUAGCUGGAUACCAGAGGAGUUUACAUCCAAGUUUAGACUCAACGUAAUGCAUUAUUACUAUUUGCUCCAACCUACAUUUCCUGUGUCCUGCUUCUCAAUGUUCUCAUUCAUCACACCCCUGCCUUAACUGCUCUAUGUAGGCAUUUGUUUUCAGUCAGUCUUUAUUUCCAUCUGUUUAUCUGCCUUUUAAAUCUCAUUGAGAAUAUGCCCAGUAAAUUCCUUUCUAAAAUAUGAUGGUUUAAGAAGCUCAGUUUCACAAUGUGUCUUGCUAAUUUUUUGAGAUGUUUUAUGGACAAAGAAAACUUUACAGAUUUAUAUGUAUUUUGCUGCACCAGUAAGUGGACCAUUAACUAGGGCCCAUCUUUAACAGAGCACUCCUUUGAAAGUUUUAUAGGUAUGAAAUAUAUGUAGAUAUUCAUAAGCAGUUUUAAUUUUUUUGAUGGGGUGCUGUGUAAAUCUUGUAUUUAUAAAUGUAAUGAAGGUAUUGACAAAAAAUAUAUACAACUUUUAUAAAGGAUUGUGUACUGACUGAAUACAUUUAAAAGAAAAUAUAUUUUGAAACCUGUUCUGCUAAGAACAAAGAUAACAUAUCUUUUUACUAUGCUGUUGGUUUUUAAGUUAAGCUUCCUAAUGCAUAAUAAAGUUUCAGUGGAUACUUUUA